ACGCAAAUUUGACGUUUUAAUUUUAUAUUUUAGGCGUUAAGGCUUCGAAUAGCAAAAAAAGAACCAAAACUGCAUCACCUGCAAAUAUAUUUAAUAUGUUUUUAUAAUUUUUUUUAUUACGACCUUGUGUUUAAACAGCACCGCGUACCGUUUAUCUAAUUUUAUGUCGUUCGUUCACGAUCGGAGAUAACCUCUAAUUUUCCAAUAACCACUUGUCAUCGAAUUUAAUUCGUACGAUUUUCUUUUCGUGCUUUGCGAAUUUUGAAGGAAGCAAUAAUGGCUGAUAUCCUAGUUUUGGAUUGGAUGGAGGAGUACGAUUCAUUAACAGAAAGCGAAAUUCACACUUACGCUACCGAACAAGAACAUAAUCAAGAGGUUAUGUUGGCUUUAUUUGCUUUAUUAGAAGAACCCCAACAAAGUCGAAAAACGGAUUUAAUAGAAAGAAUAUGUAAACAAUUUCUUAAUUUUUAUCGCUCUGGCGAAAAGUCUUUACGAAGGUUUGUAAUGCAAUACAUUCCGAGUUUUGUUUGGCUCCAUUUAUCAGCAAAGGAAGUAUAUCCAGAAAUUGAAACAUUAUUAUUAAGCCUCUACAACUUAGAAGUAGUAGAUGGAAAUGGCCAAUCAAAGAUAAUAUCGUUUCGAGUGCCAAGUCUUGCCCAAAACUCAAUUUAUCAUGACUCAUCAACCCUUGAGCCAGCUUUUAUAGCUGAAAAUUCUUUAAGAAGAUAUGAAGAAUGCAACACAAAGUUGGUUAAUUGGGGCCCAUUGCCACAAGUUGAGUCUUUAAAUGCCCAAAAUAGACAAAGAGUUGUUACAGCUUUGGUGUUUUUAUAUAAUCAAGAUGCUAGUAGUGUACCUGCAACGAAUGUUGAAUGCAUAUGUAGGGUUAUUUCUAAAAUAAUUAAUCAGGGCUUCCAAAUGGGUGGAAAUAGAACUUCAACGGAUAGCGAAAAUAGUCAAACAAACUCAUUACCACGACUCAUUGUCUCAAACACUCUACUUUUAGAAUUACUUCACAUCGUUUAUAACGCUUUACAAAGAGGUAUUAAUGGAGCAUCACAAACAUUAAGAGAUAUUUAUCAAAGAGCUACUUAUGAAACUUAUGCAGAUGUUCUUUUAGCAACUCACGCCCUUCAAAGUCUCGUUCAUCAAACCCCCACAGCUAAUUUACAUUUGAAACCACCAAGUAAACCGCACGUUUCAAAAUCGAUGAUCACCAAUGCUUCAUUUAGAACGAAAAAACUUCCAGAUGACAUUCCAAUACAAAGAGAUGAAGAAGCUACAGCUGAUGCCAGUUUAGAUUCGAUAGUAGAAGAAGGACCGGAAACUGGAUCCGAUCGAAUUAAAUUGAGAGGCCGUUCUGGAAGUGCUCUCAAACAUCUCCCGAAACUAUCCGGUUUGAAAAAACAGCGGAUGAAAAGUAGUCCAACUCCCCAUCGACACAGCAUAGAAAAUGAGCCUCCUGUGAUGGAACUUCCGGUUCAAGCUGUGGCUGCGGUUGCAGGUGGUGGGGAACAGGUUAGUUUAAUUUCGGGGAAUUUCCAAGAAAAUAAUGUCAAUAAUGAAGGGGUACAGGUUGUUAGUACUGUGUAAAAAGUAAAAUUUGGAGAUUUUUUUGUAUUUUUUUUUAAAAUUAUUUUUUGUUUGGGAUUUAAAUGAAAAACUGCCUCAAGAGUAGCAUUUAUUUAGAACAUUUAGAACAAAAAAAAAAAAAGAAAUAAUUAAAAUAAGGAAAUUAUAAUAAAAGAUUGUAGUGGUUUAUUUUUAUAAGUGAGGGGGAAAUAAGUAUUUUUUGUGAUAAUAAUAAUGGUUUAAAAAAAGUUAAUAGGUGGAUAUAAAAAUAGUAGCUAGAAAAAAACAUGUAAGAGUUUAUAAUUAAAUGUAAAAAGUUGUAAAGUGUAAUAUAUAUACAGUAUACACAUA